GGUGACGACGUGGAAAACAUGGUGGAAAGGAGUAUGUAGAGUAAACUUAAUUGUCGCAAUUUAGCUACAGUUUCAAGUAUUUGCGCACUGAAAUUACACUUGACUAUCAAAAUUGGACAAAGCUCUUAAUUUGGGGAAGCAACCGUCGCCUUUUAACGGUCCUGGGAGUAGAGAGAGCCGCGGUAACUACGAGAAGCAUUUCUGACAGGAUUUGGCAUAUGCCUGGUGAAGAAGCAAGAAGAGUGGUGAGUCUGGCUGAGUGGAGCCAGUAGAGAGCGAUGGGAGCCAACACCAGCCAGGUCAGUGACCUGUCCGACAACCCCAGCCUCAGGACCCUGGUGGGCACCGAGUCCAUAUCAGAGAACGAUCCUUUCUGGAACCAGCUCAUCUCCUUCACCUUCAUCAGUCCCACCAGCAGUGGUGACUCCAAGUUACUGGAAGAGGCUGUCAUCCCCCUCGCAAAGACCCUCAUUGAAAACAAUCCUAGAUCGGGGAACUUUGGUGCCCUUGUGAGAAUUUUCCUGGGAAGAACCAAAGAGCUGAAAGUCUCUACAGAAUGCCAAGAUCAGCUGUUUAUCUGGCAGGCCCACAAUGCACUGUUCAUGAUUCGCUGCCUGCUCAAGGUGUUCAUCAGGGAGAUGAGUGAAGAAGAGCUGCACCUACAGUUCUCCUACCAGGAGAGGGCGCCAGGCUCCUGUGCAGAAACAGGCAGCGAGGACCUCCUGGAGGAACUGUUGUCCAAUCUCAUUCACCUGAUCGUAGAAGUGCCCCUGCUAGACAUCACCUACAGCAUCCUGUUUGAAGCGGUGACCACACUGCUGGUGUUCUUCUCCUACCAACUCUUCAACAAAGACAUCCUCCGAGAUGGAUUAAUCUAUCAGCACAUCAUGAAAGGACGAUGUUUGUCUUUAACUAGUCGGCUGGUGAAGACCCUGCUCUAUAACUUCAUCAGGCAGGAGAAGUGUCCGCCUCCAGCGACCCACAUCUUUGAGCAGAAAGCCGAAGGAGGCCUGCUCUACGGUCUGGCCUCAGGGGUGGCAAGUGGGUUAUGGAGUGUCUUCACAUUGGGAGGGGCUGGCAACAAAGCCGGUGUAGACCAGGAACACAACCCCCUACCACUGUCCAAUCAGAGCCUCCUGUUACUGCUGGUGCUCGCCAAUCUGACAGACGGCCCCGACUGGCCAAACCCCUACCGCCAGGCCAUCACAUGUUUCAGAAACACACAAGACACGUCUUCGAUGUCCGCUGAGCAACCUCACACCUUCCAGAUCAAUUUCAACAGUCUGUACACAGCGUUGUGUGAGCAGCAGCGCUCUGACCAGGCCACUCUUCUACUGUACACCCUUCUUCACCAGAACGCAAACAUGAGGACGUAUAUGCUCUCCAGGACUGACAUGGACAAUCUGGUGUUGCCCAUCCUCGAGAUCCUUUACCACGUGGAAAACAGAAAUUCUCAUCAUGUCUACAUGGCCCUCAUUAUCCUCCUCAUCCUCACCGAGGACGACGCCUUCAAUCGCUCUGUCCAUGAAGUGGAAUUGAAGAACAUCACAUGGUACACGGAGAGAACAUUGACAGAGAUCUCACUUGGCAGUUUGCUCAUUUUGGUGGUCAUCCGCACCAUCCAGUUCAACAUGACCCGCACAAGGGAUAAGUACCUCCACACCAACUGUCUCGCUGCCCUUGCCAACAUGUCUGCCCAGUUUCGUUGUCUCCACCAGUACGCCGCCCAGCGCAUCAUAAGUUUGUUUGCGCUGCUUUCAAAGAAGCACAACAAGGUCUUGGAGCAGGCGACGCAGUCUCUGAGAGGCAGACAGGGCGACGACACUGCCUUGCCCGACUAUGCACUUCUGCCUUAA